UGUUGAAGGGACAAACCAUUUUGAGAGCAGCGAACAUUAGCACCGAAAGUAAGACCAGUUAACAGAUCAAAAUUGUGUUAAUAAACUACUGAGGAAAGCCUGAUAAGGAUUUUGCAGAGAGUUGCUGAUAUUGUUCAGAGAUACAGUAACAGAAGAGUCAUCAUUUCCUUCUAAUGGAGUUUUGCCACAUGUCCUGUUUGAGUCCGUCUCCUCCCUUGGCAUCAUCACCAUGACAUCCAGCCCUAACAUUCAGUGAAACACUGUUUCAAAGAACUUCUCAACAAUGGACAACUGUUCAGCUCUUCAUGUGCUUCUCAUGAUCUCCAUCAUGCCUGGCUGGCUAGUGGGUGACUUUAUAAUCUCAAAAAAACAGCAUGAGAUCCGUUCAAGUAAAAUCUCUCGUGGGUCCCAUUUGAGAGUGAGACGAGGCUGGAUUUGGAGCCAGAUAUUUGUUGAAGAAGAAGAUCCAACACCAAGGAAGAUUGGUCAGCUGAAAUCAGAUUACGACACAGGGGACUUUACUAUCAAGUACAUCCUCUCAGGUGAAGGAGCUGGUGAAAUCUUCAAAAUUGAUGAGUACACAGGUGAUAUUUACUUAUCACAACGUCUGGACCGUGAGCUGAAGCCCUUCUACAUACUACAAGCCCAGGCCAUCAACCGCAGCUCCAAACAGCCUGUUGAGCCUGAGUCUGAGUUUAUCAUUAAAGUCCAGGACAUCAAUGACAACGCUCCAAUAUUCAUUAAUGAGCCCUAUGUAUCCAGCAUCCCAGAAAUGUGUCCCACAGGAACCACAGUUAUCCAGGUGACAGCCACAGAUGCUGAUGACCCUAUGUUUGGGAACAAUGCUAAACUCAUCUAUUCCAUCCUGGAAGGGGAGCCCUACUUCUCAGUGGAACCGAAAACAGGUAUAAUUGUGACAUCAUUGUCUAAUAUGGACAGAGAAGCCAGGGAGACAUAUCUGGUUGUGGUUCAAGUGAAAGAUAUGCUUGGACUCACCGGAGGCUACAGCGCCACAACCACCGUGACCAUCAGCCUGAUGGAUGUCAAUGACAAUGGCCCCACUUUCCAACACAAUUUGUACACAUUUGCUAUAUCAGAGUCAGCCCCAGUUGGUACUACAGUGGGAAGAAUUAUGGCAGAUGAUGGUGAUGUUGGUGUGAAUGCUAAAAUGAACUACAGCUUAGAAGAUCUUGAGGAAAGCAGCACCUUCACAAUUCAGACAGAUCCUGACACUCAAGAGGGAAUUGUCAUACUGGCUCAGCCACUGGAUUAUGAGAGCAAGAGGCGGUUUGUCAUUGCUGUAGAGGCCAUCAAUGAAAUCAUAGACACACGUUUUUUAAGUGAACAUGAGUUUCGUGACAGGACAACACUCAAAAUCACUGUGACAAAUGAGGAUGAACCACCCAUCUUUUAUGAAAGACCUUAUAACUGGAAAGUUCUAGAGAGUGCCCAAAUAGGCACUCAAAUUGGUACCAUCUACGCUAAAGACACUGACACCACCAACAACCCAAUACGAUACAGCAUUUCAAAGAGCAGUGACACACGACAGAUGUUCAGAAUUGAUCCCAGUAACGGGACAGUGUAUGUGGCCAACCUUUUGGAUCGAGAAACGGCAGCCUGGUACAACCUGACCAUCAAUGCCAGAGAGAUCAGUAAUGAGCAGCUGUCCUCCUCAGUGACUUUGAACAUUACAGUCCUGGACAUCAAUGACAAUGUGCCGACCCUGUCACAAGACUAUCGGCCCUAUGUGUGUGAGGACACACAGGCAGGAGAGCUAAUUGAAUUGAUCAGUGCCACUGAUGAAGAUGAUCCUGUAGACGGCCAUCAUUUCUAUUUCUCCAUGAUCCCAGACAAACACAUCAAUCCCAACUUCACUAUCAGAGACAACCAAGAUAACACAGCUAGCAUUCUGGCACGGCGGAGCACCUUCACCCAACAUGAUCGCACACACUACCAUCUUCCUGUGGUGAUCAAAGACAGUGGUUCCCCAGUUCUGUCCAGUACCACCACGCUUACCAUCAGGGUGUGUGUGUGUCAGCCUACCGGUCACUGUCCGUCGGGUGGUGUGGAAGUCUCUCUGGACAUCAGCAUGCAGAUUUUACUGGGCCUGUCUGUUUGCCUCAUCACACUUGCAGUGCUGUCCACACUAAUGCUAGCUGUGCGAAAGUACAAGACAUUACGACAGGAGAAAAUGGGAACAAAAGAGUUGGAAACAAUGGAGUUCUCAGAGAAAAUACUGAGUUUUGCCAUCCUAGAGACAGAGUCCAGCCAAACUGUUCCUCUCCGGCACCCACGUCAACGAGAGCGCAAGCUCUGUCGAGAGGAGGUCACCACCAGUAUCCGCAUGUCUCUGCGUCACUCUCACCUCAUUGGACCAGAAGACACGGUCUUUCAGCAGUUUAUUAUGGACCGGCUGGCUGAGGCAGAUGAAGACCCAUAUGUCCCACCCUUUGACUGUCUGCACACAUAUGCCUUUGAAGGGACAGGGUCUGUCACAGGCUCACUCAGCUCACUGGAGUCUGUCACAUUUGACCCUUGUGUGAGUCAAACUCGUGAUGCGGGGCCACAUCUCCUGCGGUUGUCGCCCUGGCUGGGAGCAACAGCUGACGAGACCUCAUUCUGACCUGAGGAUAAAAGGAUUCUAAUGUGGCUUUUUUUGUUUGUUUGUUUGUUUUUUCAUACCUACCCAUACCCAUACACCACCCAGUGACUGAACUGAAGUUUUUAGGAGGUAGCAAAGCAAAGUAGGUUCUUGAAUUAUAUUCUUCUUCUUCUUCUUCUACUGCUACUACUACUACUACUCCUAAAAGUUUUUGGGAAUCAGAGAAUGUAUAUUGCAGAACCCCUAAACUUGUUAUGAUAGCUUUAUACCAACUUUCAGGUGUACAUACACGCAUCCAUCUAAGCGAUACAAUAAUAAUCAAAUUCAUAUUUUCGUUAUUAAUUCUGAAACUGUGUAAGAUAGAAUGAUGUUUUGCCUCUGAUCUCCCUGAGAUCUCCUAAACCUGUUGGUGAUAUACUGUUCCGUUUCUAUGUUUUUUUUUGUUUUGUUUUGUUUUGUUUUUGACCAUUAUAAAUGUUCUCUCUCAUUCCACCUAGUUCAAAAAGAAUAAGAAUAAACACACUUCUAUCACUGUCCAGUCAUGAAAAGACUGGGUUUGAAUCCCCUCUGCUCCACUGAAAUUCUUAAAUCCAGCACUAAUACAUGAAUUUGUGUAGACCUCUUAAUGUUACUCCUGGUAAAUUCUCACUUUAAAAACUAUGAUUACACAAAUAUUCUUAAAAUCUUAUGAACAGUAUAUUUGUGAUAGUUAUUACUACGACAUACUAGUUCUUAUAUUUCAUUUUAAAAUUUAGUACAAAAAUUUUAGUAAAUCAUGAUUUGUUUGUGAAAACAUUCGUACACAGGUUUUUAAAUACAAAUUUGUGUGUAUGCAUGCUUAGCGAAUGAGACCCAUUGUUUCUUUGGAAUGUAUUCUGCAAUUGUUUAGUAGGACAACAGGCAUUUCUGACAUAUCAGAUUUGAUAGAACAAAUAUAUAUGGUAAAAGGUAAUUAGGUAACACUUUCUAUGAAGCCCAUAUUUAUAAUACAUUAUAAGGGUAUUCUUAAGGCAUUAUAAUGAAUGCAUAAUGCAUUAUAAAAACACUUACAGUAUGUUGUAUCAUCUCAUGAGUAUUCAUAAGAACAGUUUUAAUGUUUUAUGAUUUGUGGUUAUAGCUUUUAAGAGUAUGAUUGCCUCCUCAAAGUUAUAACGUAUUAUAAGUCUCAUAUCUUGCCAUGUCACGCAUGUCACUUUACUUAAAGCAUACAAAGACCACUUAUAAGUAAUAAUAAUAAUAUUUCUCAAAGAGCCAUAAGAUCAGGUAUCAGAUCAGAUGAAUGUGUCAUAUGACAUUUGUAUUAUCAGUUUGAUUAUUUUGAUGGUACUGCAUGUCAGCUAGCAGUUAUUAUUAGUAGUAUGCUAAAUAUAUGCUAACACUGUAUUUUGAUCCCCAAAAGACAAACUGAUUAUAAGUAACUUUGCAAGUACGUGAACCUGCUACCUAGCCUAACCUUAACCUAAGUCUAGUAAUACUCUAAGGCAGUGGUUCCCAUCCACGUUCCUGGAGGCCCCCCAACACUGCACAUUUUGCAUCUCUCCUUUGUCUGACACACCCAUAUCAGGUCUUGGAGUCUCUACUAAUGAGCCGAUUAUCUGAAUCAGGUGUGUUUGAUUAAGGAGACAUGGGAAACAUGCAGGCUGCGUCUGAAACCGUCUACUUCUCUACUAUAUAGUAGGGGAAAAGCAGUAGGCGAGCGAAUAAGUAUGUCCGAAUCCUUAGUAUUCAUAAAAGAGUAGGCGAGAAUUAGUAGGCAAAAGCACUAAUUCUCAAGAGAUUCAGACGUACGUCUACUUAAAGUGCGUCCGAAUAUGCCUACUAACCGACUAUAUAGUAGGCAAAAAGUACGUGAAGAAAGAAGUACGUUUGAAAGCUAAAAGAGUAGGCGAGAAAUCCCCGGAUGUCCUACUGCUUCAACCCAGAUUUUAGAGUGUUCAUCGAUGGAUACUUUUCAACCCCAAGAGUCCACGGGAGAGCAACACGUCAUCAUCGAACGUGAUUGAGAACCGCGACGAAGGUGUUUACAAAUGUAUUACAAAUCAAAACACAGUUCCUUGUGUUAAAAUCGUAUUUGUUGACCUACUGUAAAGUAAGGUGUAAAAACGUUAAACAGCAUAGUAUAUUUGUGAUUUCGCUGUGAAAAGACGAUUUAUGAUGUAUAUCGAACAGUAGAGCUCCAGUAAGCACACGUAUGUCUCCAAAGUUGAUUUACACAAAUCAUAUACAUCUUAAAGAUGAUUACUAAAUGUCUAUUUAACAUCUGACAGGAAAAUGUUCUAAAAGAAUUGCAGAUGAGCACAUCACAACAUAAAGCACACAUCUGAGUGAGUGGUGUACCUUAUGUGUGCUUAUUAUGUAGAAUUCACUGUUGCCAAUACUGCUUUAGUUGAAUAGAAGUGAUAAACAUACAUACAUGAACUAAACAUGAGUUAUGUAGUUCAUUUGUCCAUAGUACUGUUGAUAUAUUGAGGAGCAAUUGUGUUGGAUAAAAAGUCAGUUAACACAUCAGCAACUACCUAAACAUGUAAAUGUAGUAGAAAUUACAGAGGUAACUGAAUCCUGUCUGAAUGUUACAGGGACAGAUGAGACGCACGUCUGCUUACCCAGUGCAGAGUGACUGAUAAAGGAAUGCUGCCACCAAAGGCUUUGAAUCUUUUGUGGUGGAGCAGGACCUGCAAUGAAUGGUGACAUUUGUGGGGGAAAAAAGGAAAACCUGAUAUAAAAUAUAAAACUGGUGUUUGAACUGAGAAAGGAGAAAUCCACAGCAGCAUCCUGGAAAUGGUCUAGUGCCAUAGAUGAGACCCUCCAUCACUCAACCUGCCCUUGUUCCCUCAUCUGGACCAGAUGUUGCUGUGGCCUCUUCAUCAUUAGUGAGCUCAGAGUCAGCGAAAGCAUCUUGAAAAAGACUAAAAGAAACUGAGGAUGUGAUUUUGGUCAAGUUUGUUCUGCUGGUUUCAUCGGUCAAUGGAGCCUAAGUUUCAGAAGCUUCAAAAGCAUCAUCAAAUAAUGUCAUGAAGCUUCUGAAACUCAGGCUCCAUUGACUGAUGUUGUACGAACAGAAACCAGCAGGACAGACUUAAUCACCUUGUGUUUUCAGAAUAAAACAAAAAACAAAAACAGAUGGAAAGUGUGGAGGCGAGUAAAUAAUGACUUUAUGAAUUUAUAUUUUUUGAUGAACUAACCUUUUAAAGCCCCAAAUAAAAAUAAUAUGAAAUGUAUGUAAGCAUUUAUAUAAUAGUAGUACUUUGAAGAAAUAAACUGUAAGAAAUGAGCAGCUUUAUUGUGCGUUUUUGCCCAAGACAUGAAAAAGAAUGUACAAAAAUGUUACAUUUAUGCAUUUGGCAGAUGCUUUCAUGCAAAAUGACUUACAGUGCUCUUUUUACACGGACCCCAGCAAAGACAGGUGAAGGUGGGCACGGUGGUCAGCUGCAGAAUUGGGACAGCUGUGUUGAGAUGGCAGUAGGAUGUGGGUUCACUGAAUGUAAAUACAUGAUUGUCAGAACAAUAUGUUUGAAUAAAGCUUUGUUCCAUGUGUCAUUAUUUAUUGUCAUGGUUACUUUUAAUUAUUAUUUUACUCAUUUAUUCAUGUUUUCUGUUGUUGCAAGUAAAUAACAUAUAAUUGUUUCAUUAACUAAUAAAUUUAUUCAUGACUUGACUGAAAAUUGAUAUGUAUUUGCCUUGGCUGAAUUUAUCUAUUGUGUAGUCAUGCUGUGGCACAUGAGAAAAAUUACAUUUUGCUUGUUUUACUCAAAAAUAUAAUUAAUUAUUGGUCAGCAUUUAUCAUUAUUAUUGUUCAUAAGUGUUGGGGUGGGCUAGCAAUGCAUUCAGAGGUAAUCUGAAAUUUUUAAGUUGUAAUACUUACAU